CGGGGAGCUUCAACACCACAACCCCAACCUCAACCUCACGGCAGACACCCCCCACCAUCGCGGCCCCUUUCGUCCUCGAUAUUUCCCCCCCUACCAUCUCCGUAUCGACAUAUAGCCAGUCAUGGACUCGUUAGUGGCGCAAUACAGCCGUCCGGCGUUCGCGGAGGAGGGCCAGUCGCAGCAAGAGCAGCAGGAACUCUGCCAACCCACCCCAGAACUCUCCCUCAAGUUUGCACUGCCGCCCGUAGCUCAGUCCGCAUCGUGGCUCCGCGCAAUGACAGACGACUACUCAAACCCGAACUGCCCCAUCAAGAUCGCGCACGGCACAACCACGCUCGCCUUUCGCUUCAAGGGCGGCAUCAUCGUGGCUACAGACUCUAGGGCAACGGCCGGCAACUGGAUAGCAAGUCAGACGGUCAAGAAGGUCAUCGAGAUCAACAACUGCCUGCUGGGGACCAUGGCUGGUGGCGCUGCUGACUGCCAAUACUGGCUGGCAUACCUGGGCAUGCUAUGUCGUCUCCACGAGCUGCGACACAAGCGCCGCAUCUCCGUCGCCGCAGCCUCCAAGAUGCUCGCCAACCUCGUUUACUCGUACAAGGGCAUGGGCCUGUCCAUGGGCACCAUGUGCGCCGGUGUAACCCCUCAAGAAGGCCCCGCCCUCUACUACAUCGACAGCGACGGCACGCGCCUCGCCGGCAACCUCUUCUGCGUCGGCUCCGGUCAGACCUUCGCCUACGGCGUGCUCGACGCACAAUACAAGUACGAUCUCUCAGACGAAGACGCGCUGGAGCUCGGUAGACGGAGUAUCCUAGCUGCUACGCACCGUGAUGCGUACUCCGGCGGCUUCAUCAACCUGUACCAUGUGAAGGAGGACGGAUGGGUCAAGCACGGCUUCAGUGACACGAAUCCCAUCUUCUGGAAGACGAAGCUGGAGAAGGGCGAGUUCUCAAAUGUUACGGCGGAGAUGGAGUAAGCGCCGAAUGGGGGGAGGAGAGCGAAGGGAUGGAAUGAGGAAGGACAUAUUUUGGAGCAGCUGAUGCUGCUGUGUAGUUUCUACCUAUGUAAUAGAUAGAUUCUUCCUCGAGAGGAAUGACAACCCAGCCUUGAAGGCAUCAUUGGAUCUGGUUACGUCCACGCUGCGAUAAGCGUGAAGUCCCUUCUUUCAGGCUAUCUCGCGAUCCUCAUGGUAUUGUUACGGGCUGUAACAUGUCUGUAUGAAGACUCGCUCAACCCAGCGCCUUCUUCUCCUUCUGCCUCGCCAUCGCCUGAAGUACAUCACUCGCACUAUUC